GGGUGGGGGCCCUCGUCGUGUUUACAGAGGUAGAACCAGCCGAGUGUACCUGGACUGGCGAGGGCGAAGAGAGGGAGCGCUGCAUGGAGAACAUUGUGAGGCCAUUCAGAGAAUCGAGCACCUAUCCGAAAACAAUGCUAGCGGGAGAUCUGGCCAGUAAUGACAAGAACUAGCAGCCCAACAGUGAGAGCAGAAGAGGACGAGAAGAGCAGGGGUAUGUAUAUAAGAGAGGAGUCGCGAUCGAAGCUGACUGGAAGGGCGUGUAGGAGGCUUUAAGGAGAGAUGAUAUACGGGGAGUAGUCGUCGUUUUCGAAUGCUAGGUGGCCGCUGCCGCCGUCAUCGGACUCGGUGAACAGCUGGGCACACACAGGAAGUGGAUAUGUCGUCAGGGCCCAAUGCUGGGCUGAAGCUGGUGAGGCUGGAGCAGGAGGAAGACGAGGAGGAAGAGACGGUCAGGAACCACCAAUAUCAGAAACCAGGAUCAAGAUCACGGUCCAGCAACACGCGCGGCUGCACCUGCCACCGCGACAGAGACACGGGGGAGGAAGAGCAAAAUGAAGGAGGCAGGAUAGAAGACAACAAGAAGAGAAUGUCGUCCGUGCCCUGCUGCCAUCAAGAAUGCUAGGACAUGUAUUGCUAGGGCUGGAGGUGGAGGAGACGAGGCGAACAACUGGAUAACGGCGACAUGAUGGC